CAAAAAAACCGUGGGUACCUGUUAACCCGAAUUACUAUCGAAUGAACGUAAACGCUCAGCGUGUAAAUCCUAACAGUCAUCUAAACAUAUUUAAGCGACUGGUUCAACUGAGAAGGACACCGGUAAUUCGAUAUGGUGACUUGCAAACGUUUGCUCCCAAGGAAUGGAUAUUCAUGUUCACCAGAUCAGUAGAAACAGAAACUGUUGCAGUGGUUAUGAAUAUUGGAUCAGAAACUGAAGAAGUAUGCGCCCGAAAUUCAGCAACUGCUUUACCUGACACCAUGUUUGUGUAUACCAGCAGCAUGCAUUCUGGUUUCAGCGUUGGGAGUAAAGUGAAAAUAUCGAACUCGGACGGGACGGAUUGCGUUGCAUUGAGACCUUUUUCGACGCUGGUUUUAAGCACGAAUAGGAGUAUUCCACAGCUGAAUAGCUCUAGCAUAAUUUCAUCGUCUAUUUUAAUUUGGCUUAUAACUUGGUUUUUUAGACUCGUUUGGUAGGAGGUGCUAUUUUAUGUUUUUUUUUUGGACGCGAGUCUCGCUUUGAGACAAAAUAUUUAAAUAUUCCGCAUUGGCUAUCAAAGCUAAUAUAAAAGUAAAUCCCCGCAAAGAAAAAGGAGCCCGUAUCACUUUAAUGGCAUCAGCCGUUAAAAAAUUUAAACUAAGAGAGAAUAGAGUGGAGACACUAGGUCACAAUGACUCCUAGAGUACAACAGCCAGUCGGUUUUCGGCAAUUAAAAAUUCUUAGUCACAUGCAGACUAGAACUUACCUUCACUGAUGUGCCGCUUUGAAACGGUCCUCUCAUGUUCCAUACUUCCAUACUCGAGGAAAGACGGUGCGCCUUCAUUUUUGGAACAUGCAACUUAUACUGCUUUCAAGUUAAAAUAGUUACUUCUGGAGUUCAAGUAUUUCUAUCAACGACACGUUCGUUUGUUCCUGGCUUUAGGCUUACUGUAAAGUGCUGUAAAAUCACCUUUAUGUUUAGGGAAACCAAGGUCAUAAAUGCUGUUUCUAAAAUGAGCCAGAAAUAGUGGUUUGCAUACGCUGCCACUGAUCUUACCCUAACUCACAAGCUACAACCAUCGGGAAACAAAUCUAUGACCCGACUUCAUUGAUUUCUAUUUUCACUUCAAUGAACUCAUGCCCGUUGAGAUCAAUAAAAAAAUCCAGGAUGAUCGCUAACCUCUCAAUUUCGCACAGCCGGUAAAUUCCACUUUCACCUCGUGCCAAUCACGAGGCAUGUUUGCUUUUUGCAUCCUUCUGGCAUUCUUGCCCAUUCAGAAUGUCCAAUUCAAAAAUUCUUAAGUAUACUUGAAUUUGUCAACUACUUGCA